AUGUCUCACCGUCGAACUCCAAGUGAUUCGAAAUCAACACAUAAUGUCAAUGACUCACUCAACUCAACAUCUUCAACCAAUCGAGCUAGUAUAUAUUCUAUCCGUACAGACGUUCUCUCAACUCAAACAUCUGAACUUGAUACCGAUGGAAAUCAACAAUCUCAACAAGAUACUACAUAUUGCACUUAUUUCACUUAUUGUUUUUAUACUUCGUUUCAAAAUUUAAUUCACGUUCAUGUUAUUUACGUUCUUUUUUAUCAUGCUGCCUACUGGCUAGAACCAAAAUACAUGCGGGAAAAUUCCGUUCCAUUUAAGGAAAAUCUCUACAAAACGGACUACGAAAAAACGUUAUUUGUUUCACUUAUCAAUGAUUAUAGAAAUUUUCAUCGUUCGCCAGUUAAUAUGCGUGCAGCUGACAAAUAUAUCUAUCGAACAUUGGCUGGUAUUAGUUUAUUGGAAUUGUUUACAGCUUAUAUUUGGACAUUACAAAAGAAAGUCUAUGUUUAUACCUGUCGGUAUCCUAAGUUUCGAACGUUUCUAAGUUUACUUCUUUCGUUGAUCAUUGCGGUUUUCUAUUUGACUUAUAUCUGUUGGUUGUAUACGCACACGUUCGUUACACGUCAUUUGUCAAGAACUGUCUUUGCCGCGAGUCUUGUCCAUUUGAUUAUUUUAACAUUUUUGGAUAAACCAUAUUUGUUCUGCAAUUCAUCAACAGAUUUAUUUUCUGUUUUGCAUAAUGCAAAAAAAGUACAUCGUUCGUUCGUUUGUUCGACUUCUCUAUCGCCGACCUCAGUCAGUUCUCCGAAUCGUCCUCCUUACCGAUUAACAUUACCUACACAAUCUCGAAAGGUGAACUCACUGUUUUCGACUUUAGUCUUCUCUUCACGAUGGUGGCCCGUUAUUGAACAGAAAAUCACUGCACAUCAAUGUUCAUCGGUUUAUGCAGAUACAAGAAAAGAAGCUGAUGAACUGUGGUCGGUUGUCUUCCGACGAAUUCUCAUAAUUGCUUAUCGAACAUUAGCUUCUUUGAUUUUCUUUGAUAUUAUUCCAUUCAAAAUGAUAAAUAGUGAUGUUCGUCCAGUGAAUAUUCAACAAUAUUAUAUAUUAGUGAUGAUCUUUACUUUGGCUACAUUGCUAACUCAAAGUAUCUUUCUUUUUCCCAUUGAAUUUCAAAUAAGUCUACAUCACUUAGCCACACAUCUUGGUCGUUGGCGUGUAAAAUCACCAUUUCGUAAAAAUCGGAUACACGAAUCGACAAUAGAAUGUAAUUCUCAUCAUCGUGGUAGUCAAAUAAAAUAUUCUUCGAAUCAGAAAGAGAAGUUUUUUAUCGGCGAAGACUAUCUCAAUAAUGCUGCCCAUCCUCAAUCGAUUUCUCAUACAAUUUUAUAUUAUUUAUUUCACAAUCGACUGUAUUUUAGUUCCAAGCAGUUCUUUCUUUGUAUAAUUCUCGUUCUAUGCCAAUUACUCUGGUUAAUUCAAGGCAAACUUUGGUACGAAGUUGUAAUCAGCGGUGCAAUUUUACUCAACAAUGGCUUUACCAUAUUUCAAAUAACACGUGAUCGGUUUAUAUUUGAUUUGAUGGAUGACAAUGAAUAUAAUGAAAUAAGUUUAAAAUCCAAAGAGGAAAAAAUCAAUUAA